UUCUGUAAUGGGCACAACAGUAGUGCAGGUCACGCCUAUCACACCAAAUGUAACCGUGGUGAGACAGCAAGCUGGAAGAGAUGUUGUUUUCUUGUUGGAUGGAUCUGAUGGUACUAGGAAUGAAUUCCCAGCCAUGCAAAACUUUGUCCAGAGAAUGGUAGAGAGACUGAAUGUGGAUGAAAAGAGAGAUCGUGUGUCAGUGGUUCAGUACAGCAGAGAUCCUGCUGUCCAGUUCUACCUGAACACUUACUCAACUAAAGGAGAAAUCCUUGACACAAUCAGAGGUUUGAGGCACAAAGGUGGAAGACCCCUCAACACUGGUGCAGCACUCCAGUACUUGAGGGAUAACGUCUUCACGGCCUCUGCUGGAAGCAGGCGCCAAGAAGGAGUGCCACAACUGUUGAUAUUGUUAAGCGGCGGCAGGUCUUUUGACAGCGUUGAUGCCCCGGCCUCUGCUCUCAAACAAAUGGGUGUCUUGACAUUUGCAAUUGGAACCAGAAACACAGACCCGAGAGAAAUGCAAAAGAUUUCACAUGAGCCGAGUUAUGCUCUCUCCGUGUCUGACUUCAAUGACCUCCCCAAUGUCCAGCAACAACUUCAGUCUUCUGUUGAGACUGUGAUUGUUGAGGCAGCCCCUGAAUCACCAACUGCACCCGUUGACAGUGCCAACAGGGAUAUAGUUUUCCUUCUGGAUGAUUCUGAUGCAACAAGAAAUGGCUUCCCUGCCAUGCGUGAUUUUGUGGAAAGAGUGGUGCAAACUCUUAAUGUAGGAGAAAACACUGACCGUGUGUCUGUGGUCCAGUACAGCAGAGAUGCAGAGGUCAUUUUCUAUCUGAACACACAUGACACCAGAGAUGAUGUUUUGGAUUCAGUCAGAGGGCUGAGACACAGAGGAGGCAGACCCCUCAACACCGGGGCGGCCCUCCAAUACGUCAGGGACAAUGUCUUCACAAACUCUGCUGGGAGUAGGAGUCUGCAAGGUGUUCCACAGAUGUUGAUCCUUCUAAAUGGUGGAAGGUCUUCGGACGAUGCCGAAACACCGGCCACUGCUCUCAGAGACAAGGGCAUCAUUGUGCUUGGCAUUGGAGCAGGGAGGGCUGCUGGGGCAGAGAUGAAAAACAUAGCAUAUAACACCAGUUAUGCUGUGUCUGUGUCUGACUUCUCUGACCUCCCCAAUGUCCAAGAGCAGCUCUCUUCUGUAAUGGGCACAACAGUAGUGCAGGUCACGCCUAUCACACCAAAUGUAACCGUGGUGAGACAGCAAGCUGGAAGAGAUGUUGUUUUCUUGUUGGAUGGAUCUGAUGGUACUAGGAAUGAAUUCCCAGCCAUGCAAAACUUUGUCCAGAGAAUGGUAGAGAGACUGAAUGUGGAUGAAAAGAGAGAUCGUGUGUCAGUGGUUCAGUACAGCAGAGAUCCUGCUGUCCAGUUCUACCUGAACACUUACUCAACUAAAGGAGAAAUCCUUGACACAAUCAGAGGUUUGAGGCACAAAGGUGGAAGACCCCUCAACACUGGUGCAGCACUCCAGUACUUGAGGGAUAACGUCUUCACGGCCUCUGCUGGAAGCAGGCGCCAAGAAGGAGUGCCACAACUGUUGAUAUUGUUAAGCGGCGGCAGGUCUUUUGACAGCGUUGAUGCCCCGGCCUCUGCUCUCAAACAAAUGGGUGUCUUGACAUUUGCAAUUGGAACCAGAAACACAGACCCGAGAGAAAUGCAAAAGAUUUCACAUGAGCCGAGUUAUGCUCUCUCCGUGUCUGACUUCAAUGACCUCCCCAAUGUCCAGCAACAACUUCAGUCUUCUGUUGAGACUGUGAUUGUUGAGGCAGCCCCUGAAUCACCAACUGCACCCGUUGACAGUGCCAACAGGGAUAUAGUUUUCCUUCUGGAUGAUUCUGAUGCAACAAGAAAUGGCUUCCCUGCCAUGCGUGAUUUUGUGGAAAGAGUGGUGCAAACUCUUAAUGUAGGAGAAAACACUGACCGUGUGUCUGUGGUCCAGUACAGCAGAGAUGCAGAGGUCAUUUUCUAUCUGAACACACAUGACACCAGAGAUGAUGUUUUGGAUUCAGUCAGAGGGCUGAGACACAGAGGAGGCAGACCCCUCAACACCGGGGCGGCCCUCCAAUACGUCAGGGACAAUGUCUUCACAAACUCUGCUGGGAGUAGGAGUCUGCAAGGUGUUCCACAGAUGUUGAUCCUUCUAAAUGGUGGAAGGUCUUCGGACGAUGCCGAAACACCGGCCACUGCUCUCAGAGACAAGGGCAUCAUUGUGCUUGGCAUUGGAGCAGGGAGGGCUGCUGGGGCAGAGAUGAAAAACAUAGCAUAUAACACCAGUUAUGCUGUGUCUGUGUCUGACUUCUCUGACCUCCCCAAUGUCCAAGAGCAGCUCUCUUCUGUAAUGGGCACAACAGUAGUGCAGGUCACGCCUAUCACACCAAAUGUAACCGUGGUGAGACAGCAAGCUGGAAGAGAUGUUGUUUUCUUGUUGGAUGGAUCUGAUGGUACUAGGAAUGAAUUCCCAGCCAUGCAAAACUUUGUCCAGAGAAUGGUAGAGAGACUGAAUGUGGAUGAAAAGAGAGAUCGUGUGUCAGUGGUUCAGUACAGCAGAGAUCCUGCUGUCCAGUUCUACCUGAACACUUACUCAACUAAAGGAGAAAUCCUUGACACAAUCAGAGGUUUGAGGCACAAAGGUGGAAGACCCCUCAACACUGGUGCAGCACUCCAGUACUUGAGGGAUAACGUCUUCACGGCCUCUGCUGGAAGCAGGCGCCAAGAAGGAGUGCCACAACUGUUGAUAUUGUUAAGCGGCGGCAGGUCUUUUGACAGCGUUGAUGCCCCGGCCUCUGCUCUCAAACAAAUGGGUGUCUUGACAUUUGCAAUUGGAACCAGAAACACAGACCCGAGAGAAAUGCAAAAGAUUUCACAUGAGCCGAGUUAUGCUCUCUCCGUGUCUGACUUCAAUGACCUCCCCAAUGUCCAGCAACAACUUCAGUCUUCUGUUGAGACUGUGAUUGUUGAGGCAGCCCCUGAAUCACCAACUGCACCCGUUGACAGUGCCAACAGGGAUAUAGUUUUCCUUCUGGAUGAUUCUGAUGCAACAAGAAAUGGCUUCCCUGCCAUGCGUGAUUUUGUGGAAAGAGUGGUGCAAACUCUUAAUGUAGGAGAAAACACUGACCGUGUGUCUGUGGUCCAGUACAGCAGAGAUGCAGAGGUCAUUUUCUAUCUGAACACACAUGACACCAGAGAUGAUGUUUUGGAUUCAGUCAGAGGGCUGAGACACAGAGGAGGCAGACCCCUCAACACCGGGGCGGCCCUCCAAUACGUCAGGGACAAUGUCUUCACAAACUCUGCUGGGAGUAGGAGUCUGCAAGGUGUUCCACAGAUGUUGAUCCUUCUAAAUGGUGGAAGGUCUUCGGACGAUGCCGAAACACCGGCCACUGCUCUCAGAGACAAGGGCAUCAUUGUGCUUGGCAUUGGAGCAGGGAGGGCUGCUGGGGCAGAGAUGAAAAACAUAGCAUAUAACACCAGUUAUGCUGUGUCUGUGUCUGACUUCUCUGACCUCCCCAAUGUCCAAGAGCAGCUCUCUUCUGUAAUGGGCACAACAGUAGUGCAGGUCACGCCUAUCACACCAAAUGUAACCGUGGUGAGACAGCAAGCUGGAAGAGAUGUUGUUUUCUUGUUGGAUGGAUCUGAUGGUACUAGGAAUGAAUUCCCAGCCAUGCAAAACUUUGUCCAGAGAAUGGUAGAGAGACUGAAUGUGGAUGAAAAGAGAGAUCGUGUGUCAGUGGUUCAGUACAGCAGAGAUCCUGCUGUCCAGUUCUACCUGAACACUUACUCAACUAAAGGAGAAAUCCUUGACACAAUCAGAGGUUUGAGGCACAAAGGUGGAAGACCCCUCAACACUGGUGCAGCACUCCAGUACUUGAGGGAUAACGUCUUCACGGCCUCUGCUGGAAGCAGGCGCCAAGAAGGAGUGCCACAACUGUUGAUAUUGUUAAGCGGCGGCAGGUCUUUUGACAGCGUUGAUGCCCCGGCCUCUGCUCUCAAACAAAUGGGUGUCUUGACAUUUGCAAUUGGAACCAGAAACACAGACCCGAGAGAAAUGCAAAAGAUUUCACAUGAGCCGAGUUAUGCUCUCUCCGUGUCUGACUUCAAUGACCUCCCCAAUGUCCAGCAACAACUUCAGUCUUCUGUUGAGACUGUGAUUGUUGAGGCAGCCCCUGAAUCACCAACUGCACCCGUUGACAGUGCCAACAGGGAUAUAGUUUUCCUUCUGGAUGAUUCUGAUGCAACAAGAAAUGGCUUCCCUGCCAUGCGUGAUUUUGUGGAAAGAGUGGUGCAAACUCUUAAUGUAGGAGAAAACACUGACCGUGUGUCUGUGGUCCAGUACAGCAGAGAUGCAGAGGUCAUUUUCUAUCUGAACACACAUGACACCAGAGAUGAUGUUUUGGAUUCAGUCAGAGGGCUGAGACACAGAGGAGGCAGACCCCUCAACACCGGGGCGGCCCUCCAAUACGUCAGGGACAAUGUCUUCACAAACUCUGCUGGGAGUAGGAGUCUGCAAGGUGUUCCACAGAUGUUGAUCCUUCUAAAUGGUGGAAGGUCUUCGGACGAUGCCGAAACACCGGCCACUGCUCUCAGAGACAAGGGCAUCAUUGUGCUUGGCAUUGGAGCAGGGAGGGCUGCUGGGGCAGAGAUGAAAAACAUAGCAUAUAACACCAGUUAUGCUGUGUCUGUGUCUGACUUCUCUGACCUCCCCAAUGUCCAAGAGCAGCUCUCUUCUGUAAUGGGCACAACAGUAGUGCAGGUCACGCCUAUCACACCAAAUGUAACCGUGGUGAGACAGCAAGCUGGAAGAGAUGUUGUUUUCUUGUUGGAUGGAUCUGAUGGUACUAGGAAUGAAUUCCCAGCCAUGCAAAACUUUGUCCAGAGAAUGGUAGAGAGACUGAAUGUGGAUGAAAAGAGAGAUCGUGUGUCAGUGGUUCAGUACAGCAGAGAUCCUGCUGUCCAGUUCUACCUGAACACUUACUCAACUAAAGGAGAAAUCCUUGACACAAUCAGAGGUUUGAGGCACAAAGGUGGAAGACCCCUCAACACUGGUGCAGCACUCCAGUACUUGAGGGAUAACGUCUUCACGGCCUCUGCUGGAAGCAGGCGCCAAGAAGGAGUGCCACAACUGUUGAUAUUGUUAAGCGGCGGCAGGUCUUUUGACAGCGUUGAUGCCCCGGCCUCUGCUCUCAAACAAAUGGGUGUCUUGACAUUUGCAAUUGGAACCAGAAACACAGACCCGAGAGAAAUGCAAAAGAUUUCACAUGAGCCGAGUUAUGCUCUCUCCGUGUCUGACUUCAAUGACCUCCCCAAUGUCCAGCAACAACUUCAGUCUUCUGUUGAGACUGUGAUUGUUGAGGCAGCCCCUGAAUCACCAACUGCACCCGUUGACAGUGCCAACAGGGAUAUAGUUUUCCUUCUGGAUGAUUCUGAUGCAACAAGAAAUGGCUUCCCUGCCAUGCGUGAUUUUGUGGAAAGAGUGGUGCAAACUCUUAAUGUAGGAGAAAACACUGACCGUGUGUCUGUGGUCCAGUACAGCAGAGAUGCAGAGGUCAUUUUCUAUCUGAACACACAUGACACCAGAGAUGAUGUUUUGGAUUCAGUCAGAGGGCUGAGACACAGAGGAGGCAGACCCCUCAACACCGGGGCGGCCCUCCAAUACGUCAGGGACAAUGUCUUCACAAACUCUGCUGGGAGUAGGAGUCUGCAAGGUGUUCCACAGAUGUUGAUCCUUCUAAAUGGUGGAAGGUCUUCGGACGAUGCCGAAACACCGGCCACUGCUCUCAGAGACAAGGGCAUCAUUGUGCUUGGCAUUGGAGCAGGGAGGGCUGCUGGGGCAGAGAUGAAAAACAUAGCAUAUAACACCAGUUAUGCUGUGUCUGUGUCUGACUUCUCUGACCUCCCCAAUGUCCAAGAGCAGCUCUCUUCUGUAAUGGGCACAACAGUAGUGCAGGUCACGCCUAUCACACCAAAUGUAACCGUGGUGAGACAGCAAGCUGGAAGAGAUGUUGUUUUCUUGUUGGAUGGAUCUGAUGGUACUAGGAAUGAAUUCCCAGCCAUGCAAAACUUUGUCCAGAGAAUGGUAGAGAGACUGAAUGUGGAUGAAAAGAGAGAUCGUGUGUCAGUGGUUCAGUACAGCAGAGAUCCUGCUGUCCAGUUCUACCUGAACACUUACUCAACUAAAGGAGAAAUCCUUGACACAAUCAGAGGUUUGAGGCACAAAGGUGGAAGACCCCUCAACACUGGUGCAGCACUCCAGUACUUGAGGGAUAACGUCUUCACGGCCUCUGCUGGAAGCAGGCGCCAAGAAGGAGUGCCACAACUGUUGAUAUUGUUAAGCGGCGGCAGGUCUUUUGACAGCGUUGAUGCCCCGGCCUCUGCUCUCAAACAAAUGGGUGUCUUGACAUUUGCAAUUGGAACCAGAAACACAGACCCGAGAGAAAUGCAAAAGAUUUCACAUGAGCCGAGUUAUGCUCUCUCCGUGUCUGACUUCAAUGACCUCCCCAAUGUCCAGCAACAACUUCAGUCUUCUGUUGAGACUGUGAUUGUUGAGGCAGCCCCUGAAUCACCAACUGCACCCGUUGACAGUGCCAACAGGGAUAUAGUUUUCCUUCUGGAUGAUUCUGAUGCAACAAGAAAUGGCUUCCCUGCCAUGCGUGAUUUUGUGGAAAGAGUGGUGCAAACUCUUAAUGUAGGAGAAAACACUGACCGUGUGUCUGUGGUCCAGUACAGCAGAGAUGCAGAGGUCAUUUUCUAUCUGAACACACAUGACACCAGAGAUGAUGUUUUGGAUUCAGUCAGAGGGCUGAGACACAGAGGAGGCAGACCCCUCAACACCGGGGCGGCCCUCCAAUACGUCAGGGACAAUGUCUUCACAAACUCUGCUGGGAGUAGGAGUCUGCAAGGUGUUCCACAGAUGUUGAUCCUUCUAAAUGGUGGAAGGUCUUCGGACGAUGCCGAAACACCGGCCACUGCUCUCAGAGACAAGGGCAUCAUUGUGCUUGGCAUUGGAGCAGGGAGGGCUGCUGGGGCAGAGAUGAAAAACAUAGCAUAUAACACCAGUUAUGCUGUGUCUGUGUCUGACUUCUCUGACCUCCCCAAUGUCCAAGAGCAGCUCUCUUCUGUAAUGGGCACAACAGUAGUGCAGGUCACGCCUAUCACACCAAAUGUAACCGUGGUGAGACAGCAAGCUGGAAGAGAUGUUGUUUUCUUGUUGGAUGGAUCUGAUGGUACUAGGAAUGAAUUCCCAGCCAUGCAAAACUUUGUCCAGAGAAUGGUAGAGAGACUGAAUGUGGAUGAAAAGAGAGAUCGUGUGUCAGUGGUUCAGUACAGCAGAGAUCCUGCUGUCCAGUUCUACCUGAACACUUACUCAACUAAAGGAGAAAUCCUUGACACAAUCAGAGGUUUGAGGCACAAAGGUGGAAGACCCCUCAACACUGGUGCAGCACUCCAGUACUUGAGGGAUAACGUCUUCACGGCCUCUGCUGGAAGCAGGCGCCAAGAAGGAGUGCCACAACUGUUGAUAUUGUUAAGCGGCGGCAGGUCUUUUGACAGCGUUGAUGCCCCGGCCUCUGCUCUCAAACAAAUGGGUGUCUUGACAUUUGCAAUUGGAACCAGAAACACAGACCCGAGAGAAAUGCAAAAGAUUUCACAUGAGCCGAGUUAUGCUCUCUCCGUGUCUGACUUCAAUGACCUCCCCAAUGUCCAGCAACAACUUCAGUCUUCUGUUGAGACUGUGAUUGUUGAGGCAGCCCCUGAAUCACCAACUGCACCCGUUGACAGUGCCAACAGGGAUAUAGUUUUCCUUCUGGAUGAUUCUGAUGCAACAAGAAAUGGCUUCCCUGCCAUGCGUGAUUUUGUGGAAAGAGUGGUGCAAACUCUUAAUGUAGGAGAAAACACUGACCGUGUGUCUGUGGUCCAGUACAGCAGAGAUGCAGAGGUCAUUUUCUAUCUGAACACACAUGACACCAGAGAUGAUGUUUUGGAUUCAGUCAGAGGGCUGAGACACAGAGGAGGCAGACCCCUCAACACCGGGGCGGCCCUCCAAUACGUCAGGGACAAUGUCUUCACAAACUCUGCUGGGAGUAGGAGUCUGCAAGGUGUUCCACAGAUGUUGAUCCUUCUAAAUGGUGGAAGGUCUUCGGACGAUGCCGAAACACCGGCCACUGCUCUCAGAGACAAGGGCAUCAUUGUGCUUGGCAUUGGAGCAGGGAGGGCUGCUGGGGCAGAGAUGAAAAACAUAGCAUAUAACACCAGUUAUGCUGUGUCUGUGUCUGACUUCUCUGACCUCCCCAAUGUCCAAGAGCAGCUCUCUUCUGUAAUGGGCACAACAGUAGUGCAGGUCACGCCUAUCACACCAAAUGUAACCGUGGUGAGACAGCAAGCUGGAAGAGAUGUUGUUUUCUUGUUGGAUGGAUCUGAUGGUACUAGGAAUGAAUUCCCAGCCAUGCAAAACUUUGUCCAGAGAAUGGUAGAGAGACUGAAUGUGGAUGAAAAGAGAGAUCGUGUGUCAGUUGCUCAGUACAGCAGAGAUCCUGCUGUCCAGUUCUACCUGAACACUUACUCAACUAAAGGAGAAAUCCUUGACACAAUCAGAGGUUUGAGGCACAAAGGUGGAAGACCCCUCAACACUGGUGCAGCACUCCAGUACUUGAGGGAUAACGUCUUCACGGCCUCUGCUGGAAGCAGGCGCCAAGAAGGAGUGCCACAACUGUUGAUAUUGUUAAGCGGCGGCAGGUCUUUUGACAGCGUUGAUGCCCCGGCCUCUGCUCUCAAACAAAUGGGUGUCUUGACAUUUGCAAUUGGAACCAGAAACACAGACCCGAGAGAAAUGCAAAAGAUUUCACAUGAGCCGAGUUAUGCUCUCUCCGUGUCUGACUUCAAUGACCUCCCCAAUGUCCAGCAACAACUUCAGUCUUCUGUUGAGACUGUGAUUGUUGAGGCAGCCCCUGAAUCACCAACUGCACCCGUUGACAGUGCCAACAGGGAUAUAGUUUUCCUUCUGGAUGAUUCUGAUGCAACAAGAAAUGGCUUCCCUGCCAUGCGUGAUUUUGUGGAAAGAGUGGUGCAAACUCUUAAUGUAGGAGAAAACACUGACCGUGUGUCUGUGGUCCAGUACAGCAGAGAUGCAGAGGUCAUUUUCUAUCUGAACACACAUGACACCAGAGAUGAUGUUUUGGAUUCAGUCAGAGGGCUGAGACACAGAGGAGGCAGACCCCUCAACACCGGGGCGGCCCUCCAAUACGUCAGGGACAAUGUCUUCACAAACUCUGCUGGGAGUAGGAGUCUGCAAGGUGUUCCACAGAUGUUGAUCCUUCUAAAUGGUGGAAGGUCUUCGGACGAUGCCGAAACACCGGCCACUGCUCUCAGAGACAAGGGCAUCAUUGUGCUUGGCAUUGGAGCAGGGAGGGCUGCUGGGGCAGAGAUGAAAAACAUAGCAUAUAACACCAGUUAUGCUGUGUCUGUGUCUGACUUCUCUGACCUCCCCAAUGUCCAAGAGCAGCUCUCUUCUGUAAUGGGCACAACAGUAGUGCAGGUCACGCCUAUCACACCAAAUGUAACCGUGGUGAGACAGCAAGCUGGAAGAGAUGUUGUUUUCUUGUUGGAUGGAUCUGAUGGUACUAGGAAUGAAUUCCCAGCCAUGCAAAACUUUGUCCAGAGAAUGGUAGAGAGACUGAAUGUGGAUGAAAAGAGAGAUCGUGUGUCAGUGGUUCAGUACAGCAGAGAUCCUGCUGUCCAGUUCUACCUGAACACUUACUCAACUAAAGGAGAAAUCCUUGACACAAUCAGAGGUUUGAGGCACAAAGGUGGAAGACCCCUCAACACUGGUGCAGCACUCCAGUACUUGAGGGAUAACGUCUUCACGGCCUCUGCUGGAAGCAGGCGCCAAGAAGGAGUGCCACAACUGUUGAUAUUGUUAAGCGGCGGCAGGUCUUUUGACAGCGUUGAUGCCCCGGCCUCUGCUCUCAAACAAAUGGGUGUCUUGACAUUUGCAAUUGGAACCAGAAACACAGACCCGAGAGAAAUGCAAAAGAUUUCACAUGAGCCGAGUUAUGCUCUCUCCGUGUCUGACUUCAAUGACCUCCCCAAUGUCCAGCAACAACUUCAGUCUUCUGUUGAGACUGUGAUUGUUGAGGCAGCCCCUGAAUCACCAACUGCACCCGUUGACAGUGCCAACAGGGAUAUAGUUUUCCUUCUGGAUGAUUCUGAUGCAACAAGAAAUGGCUUCCCUGCCAUGCGUGAUUUUGUGGAAAGAGUGGUGCAAACUCUUAAUGUAGGAGAAAACACUGACCGUGUGUCUGUGGUCCAGUACAGCAGAGAUGCAGAGGUCAUUUUCUAUCUGAACACACAUGACACCAGAGAUGAUGUUUUGGAUUCAGUCAGAGGGCUGAGACACAGAGGAGGCAGACCCCUCAACACCGGGGCGGCCCUCCAAUACGUCAGGGACAAUGUCUUCACAAACUCUGCUGGGAGUAGGAGUCUGCAAGGUGUUCCACAGAUGUUGAUCCUUCUAAAUGGUGGAAGGUCUUCGGACGAUGCCGAAACACCGGCCACUGCUCUCAGAGACAAGGGCAUCAUUGUGCUUGGCAUUGGAGCAGGGAGGGCUGCUGGGGCAGAGAUGAAAAACAUAGCAUAUAACACCAGUUAUGCUGUGUCUGUGUCUGACUUCUCUGACCUCCCCAAUGUCCAAGAGCAGCUCUCUUCUGUAAUGGGCACAACAGUAGUGCAGGUCACGCCUAUCACACCAAAUGUAACCGUGGUGAGACAGCAAGCUGGAAGAGAUGUUGUUUUCUUGUUGGAUGGAUCUGAUGGUACUAGGAAUGAAUUCCCAGCCAUGCAAAACUUUGUCCAGAGAAUGGUAGAGAGACUGAAUGUGGAUGAAAAGAGAGAUCGUGUGUCAGUGGUUCAGUACAGCAGAGAUCCUGCUGUCCAGUUCUACCUGAACACUUACUCAACUAAAGGAGAAAUCCUUGACACAAUCAGAGGUUUGAGGCACAAAGGUGGAAGACCCCUCAACACUGGUGCAGCACUCCAGUACUUGAGGGAUAACGUCUUCACGGCCUCUGCUGGAAGCAGGCGCCAAGAAGGAGUGCCACAACUGUUGAUAUUGUUAAGCGGCGGCAGGUCUUUUGACAGCGUUGAUGCCCCGGCCUCUGCUCUCAAACAAAUGGGUGUCUUGACAUUUGCAAUUGGAACCAGAAACACAGACCCGAGAGAAAUGCAAAAGAUUUCACAUGAGCCGAGUUAUGCUCUCUCCGUGUCUGACUUCAAUGACCUCCCCAAUGUCCAGCAACAACUUCAGUCUUCUGUUGAGACUGUGAUUGUUGAGGCAGCCCCUGAAUCACCAACUGCACCCGUUGACAGUGCCAACAGGGAUAUAGUUUUCCUUCUGGAUGAUUCUGAUGCAACAAGAAAUGGCUUCCCUGCCAUGCGUGAUUUUGUGGAAAGAGUGGUGCAAACUCUUAAUGUAGGAGAAAACACUGACCGUGUGUCUGUGGUCCAGUACAGCAGAGAUGCAGAGGUCAUUUUCUAUCUGAACACACAUGACACCAGAGAUGAUGUUUUGGAUUCAGUCAGAGGGCUGAGACACAGAGGAGGCAGACCCCUCAACACCGGGGCGGCCCUCCAAUACGUCAGGGACAAUGUCUUCACAAACUCUGCUGGGAGUAGGAGUCUGCAAGGUGUUCCACAGAUGUUGAUCCUUCUAAAUGGUGGAAGGUCUUCGGACGAUGCCGAAACACCGGCCACUGCUCUCAGAGACAAGGGCAUCAUUGUGCUUGGCAUUGGAGCAGGGAGGGCUGCUGGGGCAGAGAUGAAAAACAUAGCAUAUAACACCAGUUAUGCUGUGUCUGUGUCUGACUUCUCUGACCUCCCCAAUGUCCAAGAGCAGCUCUCUUCUGUAAUGGGCACAACAGUAGUGCAGGUCACGCCUAUCACACCAAAUGUAACCGUGGUGAGACAGCAAGCUGGAAGAGAUGUUGUUUUCUUGUUGGAUGGAUCUGAUGGUACUAGGAAUGAAUUCCCAGCCAUGCAAAACUUUGUCCAGAGAAUGGUAGAGAGACUGAAUGUGGAUGAAAAGAGAGAUCGUGUGUCAGUUGCUCAGUACAGCAGAGAUCCUGCUGUCCAGUUCUACCUGAACACUUACUCAACUAAAGGAGAAAUCCUUGACACAAUCAGAGGUUUGAGGCACAAAGGUGGAAGACCCCUCAACACUGGUGCAGCACUCCAGUACUUGAGGGAUAACGUCUUCACGGCCUCUGCUGGAAGCAGGCGCCAAGAAGGAGUGCCACAACUGUUGAUAUUGUUAAGCGGCGGCAGGUCUUUUGACAGCGUUGAUGCCCCGGCCUCUGCUCUCAAACAAAUGGGUGUCUUGACAUUUGCAAUUGGAACCAGAAACACAGACCCGAGAGAAAUGCAAAAGAUUUCACAUGAGCCGAGUUAUGCUCUCUCCGUGUCUGACUUCAAUGACCUCCCCAAUGUCCAGCAACAACUUCAGUCUUCUGUUGAGACUGUGAUUGUUGAGGCAGCCCCUGAAUCACCAACUGCACCCGUUGACAGUGCCAACAGGGAUAUAGUUUUCCUUCUGGAUGAUUCUGAUGCAACAAGAAAUGGCUUCCCUGCCAUGCGUGAUUUUGUGGAAAGAGUGGUGCAAACUCUUAAUGUAGGAGAAAACACUGACCGUGUGUCUGUGGUCCAGUACAGCAGAGAUGCAGAGGUCAUUUUCUAUCUGAACACACAUGACACCAGAGAUGAUGUUUUGGAUUCAGUCAGAGGGCUGAGACACAGAGGAGGCAGACCCCUCAACACCGGGGCGGCCCUCCAAUACGUCAGGGACAAUGUCUUCACAAACUCUGCUGGGAGUAGGAGUCUGCAAGGUGUUCCACAGAUGUUGAUCCUUCUAAAUGGUGGAAGGUCUUCGGACGAUGCCGAAACACCGGCCACUGCUCUCAGAGACAAGGGCAUCAUUGUGCUUGGCAUUGGAGCAGGGAGGGCUGCUGGGGCAGAGAUGAAAAACAUAGCAUAUAACACCAGUUAUGCUGUGUCUGUGUCUGACUUCUCUGACCUCCCCAAUGUCCAAGAGCAGCUCUCUUCUGUAAUGGGCACAACAGUAGUGCAGGUCACGCCUAUCACACCAAAUGUAACCGUGGUGAGACAGCAAGCUGGAAGAGAUGUUGUUUUCUUGUUGGAUGGAUCUGAUGGUACUAGGAAUGAAUUCCCAGCCAUGCAAAACUUUGUCCAGAGAAUGGUAGAGAGACUGAAUGUGGAUGAAAAGAGAGAUCGUGUGUCAGUUGCUCAGUACAGCAGAGAUCCUGCUGUCCAGUUCUACCUGAACACUUACUCAACUAAAGGAGAAAUCCUUGACACAAUCAGAGGUUUGAGGCACAAAGGUGGAAGACCCCUCAACACUGGUGCAGCACUCCAGUACUUGAGGGAUAACGUCUUCACGGCCUCUGCUGGAAGCAGGCGCCAAGAAGGAGUGCCACAACUGUUGAUAUUGUUAAGCGGCGGCAGGUCUUUUGACAGCGUUGAUGCCCCGGCCUCUGCUCUCAAACAAAUGGGUGUCUUGACAUUUGCAAUUGGAACCAGAAACACAGACCCGAGAGAAAUGCAAAAGAUUUCACAUGAGCCGAGUUAUGCUCUCUCCGUGUCUGACUUCAAUGACCUCCCCAAUGUCCAGCAACAACUUCAGUCUUCUGUUGAGACUGUGAUUGUUGAGGCAGCCCCUGAAUCACCAACUGCACCCGUUGACAGUGCCAACAGGGAUAUAGUUUUCCUUCUGGAUGAUUCUGAUGCAACAAGAAAUGGCUUCCCUGCCAUGCGUGAUUUUGUGGAAAGAGUGGUGCAAACUCUUAAUGUAGGAGAAAACACUGACCGUGUGUCUGUGGUCCAGUACAGCAGAGAUGCAGAAGUCAUUUUCUAUCUGAACACACAUGACACCAGAGAUGAUGUUUUGGAUUCAGUCAGAGGGCUGAGACACAGAGGAGGCAGACCCCUCAACACCGGGGCGGCCCUCCAAUACGUCAGGGACAAUGUCUUCACAAACUCUGCUGGGAGUAGGAGUCUGCAAGGUGUUCCACAGAUGUUGAUCCUUCUAAAUGGUGGAAGGUCUUCGGACGAUGCCGAAACAACGGCCACUGCUCUCAGAGACAAGGGCAUCAUUGUGCUUGGCAUUGGAGCAGGGAGGGCUGCUGGGGCAGAGAUGAAAAACAUAGCAUAUAACACCAGUUAUGCUGUGUCUGUGUCUGACUUCUCUGACCUCCCCAAUGUCCAAGAGCAGCUCUCUUCUGUAAUGGGCACAACAGUAGUGCAGGUCACGCCUAUCACACCAAAUGUAACCGUGGUGAGACAGCAAGCUGGAAGAGAUGUUGUUUUCUUGUUGGAUGGAUCUGAUGGUACUAGGAAUGAAUUCCCAGCCAUGCAAAACUUUGUCCAGAGAAUGGUAGAGAGACUGAAUGUGGAUGAAAAGAGAGAUCGUGUGUCAGUGGUUCAGUACAGCAGAGAUCCUGCUGUCCAGUUCUACCUGAACACUUACUCAACUAAAGGAGAAAUCCUUGACACAAUCAGAGGUUUGAGGCACAAAGGUGGAAGACCCCUCAACACUGGUGCAGCACUCCAGUACUUGAGGGAUAACAUCUUCACGGCCUCUGCUGGAAGCAGGCGCCAAGAAGGAGUGCCACAACUGUUGAUAUUGUUAAGCGGCGGCAGGUCUUUUGACAGCGUUGAUGCCCCGGCCUCUGCUCUCAAACAAAUGGGUGUCUUGACAUUUGCAAUUGGAACCAGAAACACAGACCCGAGAGAAAUGCAAAAGAUUUCACAUGAGCCGAAUGCAUCUUUGCUACUUUCUAGAUUCAAUGACCUUCCAAAUAUCCUGCAGCAACUUCAGUCCUCUGUUGAGACUGUGAUUGUUGACAGUUCCCCUGACAUUACCUCUCAUAUUGCUGAAACACAAGGUCCCAAGAAGGAUAUCAUUUUCCUUGUUGAUGGGUCCGAUGGCGUUGGGCGGGAAUUCCCAAUCCUCCAAGAGUUCAUGAGAAGGGUUGUGGAGACCCUGAAUGUUGGAGAGAACAAAAUCCGUAUCGGUGUGGUCCAGUAUGCUGACUCUCCCCAAGCUGAUAUGUAUCUCAACUCCCAUUCCACCAAAGAUGCUGUCCUUAAUGCUAUUAGUGGACUACGCAGACGUGGUGGAAGACAACGCAACCUGGGCCAAGCUCUGGAGUUUCUCAACAGUGACAUGAUAACAGCAGCCCGUGGAAGCAGGAGGCAAGAAGGUGUACCACAGUUCGUUAUUGCAGUCUCUAGUGGUCCUGCUACAGAUAACAUCCAGCGGGCCGCGUCUACUCUGAAGCGAUCCAGAGUACUACCUUUCAGCAUUGGAACCAGAGAUGUCAACCCAACUGAGCUUCAGAUUGUGUCCUAUGUGCCCAACUUUGCAUAUACUGUGGAUGAUCUUCCUGGCUUGUACACAGUCCAAGAAACUCUAAUCAACACUUUGACAGAGAUGUCAGAUGAUGAUAUCGCAAGGCUGGCCCCAGUAUUUCCUGAAUAUGAAGUAGUAGUUACACCAGCGCCAUCCGGAGACGUCAAAAGAGAUGUUGUUUUCCUCAUUGACGGAACAACAGCAGUGCGCAGUGAGUUCCCUGCCAUUCGAGAGAUGAUCCGAAGAGUUGUGGAUAAGCUAGAUGUGGGACUCGAUGCUGUUAGAAUCUCUGUGGUACAAUACAGUGAAGAUCCAAAAGUGGAAUUUCUCCUGAAUGAACACUCUACUGCACAAGAGGUCCGCAAUGCCGUGCAGAGGCUAAGGAGCCGAGGUGGCAGUGUCCUCAACACAGGUCGGGCUCUUGAAUUUGUUGGAAGAAACAUCUACCAGAGAUCAGCAGGAAGCCGCAUUGAGGAGGGUGUUCCACAGUUUCUCAUUUUGGUCACUGGAGGAAAGUCUUCUGAUGAUGUGUCCUCCGCGGCAGAUCAGCUGAAGAGGAACCAGAUUGCUCCUCUCGCUGUUGGUUCCAGAAACGCUGAUGCUGACGAACUGAGACAAAUUUCUCUGAAACCUGAAUUUGUCCAUAAAGUUGACUCUUUCAAUCAACUUCCAUCAAUUGAGAAUAGGCUGCUAGAUUCAGUCACAACUACAUCCACCACAGAUAUUAUCAGUUCUUAUGUCCCUGCACCUCAACCUCCUGUGCUGACUGAAAUUGUCAAUCUUGGAAGAAAGGAUGUGAUCUUCCUUAUUGAUGGUUCAGACAAUACUGGAGCCUCAGGCAUUGCUCACAUUCGUGACUUCAUCGUCAACAUUGUGCAGCAGCUGGACGUGCAGCCAGACCAAGUGCGUGUGGGAAUAGUUCAGUAUUCCGAUAGAGUCAAGACCGAAUUCUCUCUGAACUCUCACAACAACAAAGCAGCUGUUUUAUCUGCCGUGAAAAGGCUCAGGCAAAUGGGUGGCCGCUCCUCAGACCUUGCCGAUGCAAUCAACUAUGUCAUACAAAAUGAGCUUAAACCAUCAGCCGGUGUUCGCCCGAUUGAGGCUUCACAACAUCUUGUGGUCUUGACUGGUGGACGAUCGCCCCAAGAUGUGGCUAUUUUUGGUCCACUGCUAAAGAGCUCCAGGGUGAACUGCAUUGGUGUUGGUGCAUCUGGUGCCGACAAAAGGCAGCUAGCACAAAUCGCCACCAGCUCUGAAGAUGUCCUUCAUGUGCCAACGUUUCCAUCCCUGCCGGUACUCAAAGACACGCUCAUCACCAGACUAAGUGGAAGAAUUGAAGAAAUCCCCACUGUGACUGAAGGUGGCCUUGGUGUAAAAAAGGCAGACAUUGUGUUUUUGGUAGACGGCUCCAUAAACCUGGGCAAGGAAAACUUCGGCGAGGUCAUGAACUUUGUGAUCAAUCUAAUUGACCUGUUUUACAAUGAUAGAGACGAGCUGAGAUUUGCCCUUGCGCAUUACGCCACAGAUGUCACAGAUGCCUUCUUCCUAAAUUCUUACAACAACAAGGACGAUAUUAUUAGUGCGAUUGGGAGGGCUGAGUACAAAGGAGGACGCAGAAUCAACACUGGUGCUGCAAUCAAACAUGUCCAAGAAAAGCAUUUUAUUAAAGAAAAAGGGAGCAGAAAAGACGAAGGCACUCCUCAAAUCCUUAUGCUUAUUACUGGUGGUCGAUCAGCUGACGAUAGCAAAUCAGCAGCGCUUGCACUGAAGAAAACAGGAACCAGGAUCUUUACAGUUGGAGUUGGAGACAUUUUGGAUGAGUUGGAAAACCUAGCUAGCGAGACAUCCACCGUAGCCAGAGCAGGGACCUAUCUGGAGCUGUCCGAGCUAAAUGAACAGAUCCUGGAAGCGCUUGAUGAUGAAGUGAAAGGGAAGCUUGUGUGUGUUACAUCUGAAACCACUGCCAAAUCUUGCAACAUUGAAGUCCUGCUUGGUUUUGACGUGAAUGCCCCAAACAUCUUCAGUGCUCAGACCAACCUCCAGAGCAAAAUGGGAGCCAUUUUACAGAGGAUUUCUAAGAUGGCGUCGAUCAGUUGCUCUUCUGGGCAGGUUCCUUCUAUUCAGAUGGGGAUGUUGGCCAUGGGCCCUGGUGGCGCUGUUCAAUUGGAUUUCACUGAAAAUGCAGACGAGCUGUUUGAGGGAUUCAGAGGACUGCGCACACGAGGCCCCUUUGUUCUCAAUGGAGACACUAUUUCGGCCUAUAAUACACGGUUCAAAAACAGGCAGGAUAAUGUUGUGAAGGUUGUGAUUCAUCUGACUGAUGGAGUGGAUGCACCAUACGCUGAAAUGAAGAGAAGAGCUGAUGAAUUGCAGAAGUCAGGAGUGAGCAGCUUCAUCCUGGUUGGACUUGAGCGAGUGCCCAAGUUUGAAGAGGCUUUGCUGCUUGAAUUUGGCAGAGGUUUUAGAUACACUCGACCUCUGCGCGUCAACAUCAUGGACUUGGACUAUGAGCUGUUGGAAGAACUUGACAGUAUUGCAGAGAGGGAGUGCUGUGGGGUCCCCUGCAAGUGUACAGGAACCAGGGGAGACAGAGGGGCAGUCGGAUUUGGUGGACAGAAGGGAGAUCCAGGUCUUCCAGGAAGCCAAGGACAUCCCGGAGAUGAGGGUGGACCUGGAGAGAGAGGUCCUCCUGGUGUGAAUGGUACUCAGGGUUUCCAGGGUUGUCCCGGACCAAGAGGAACCAAGGGUGGACGUGGCUAUUCAGGAGAGAAGGGUGAAAAUGGAGAGCUUGGUCUUGACGGCAUCAACGGAGAAGACGGUAAAAGUGGAGUUCCUGGAUCAGGUGGAGACAGAGGAACAUCAGGCAGAAGAGGACCCAAAGGCGCUAAAGGUCAAGCAGGAGAAAGAGGAGAGAUGGGAAUCAGAGGUGAUCCUGGCCAAAGUGGAAGAGAUAACAACCUACCUGGACCUAAAGGAGAACCUGGUGAUGCUGGUCUGCCGGGAGAGGCAGGUGGUGAUGGAAGAGCAGGCCCACCCGGAGAUCCUGGCAGAAGAGGAUCCAACGGCAGAAGAGGACCACCUGGCCCAUCUGGAACUGUUGGAAAACCCGGUGGCAAUGGUGAGCCUGGAGAGCCCGGUAUCGCAGGAUCUAGAGGUCCACCCGGAACCAUCGGACCACCAGGACCCAAAGGAGAGGAAGGAAACCCCGGACCAAGAGGUCCUGGAGGAAGCCCGGGCACAGUUGGAGCUAAAGGAAGACGGGGAGCUCUCGGUCGCAAGGGAGAGCCAGGAGAUCCAGGACCAAACGGUGUCCAGGGUCCACUGGGUCCAAUGGGAGAACCAGGCGAGGACGGCAGAGACGGGUUUGGAACUCCAGGACCCCCCGGGAGAAAGGGAGACGAGGGAUUCCCAGGAUUACAAGGACCUAAAGGAGCAGCUGGAGAUCCUGGACCCAAGGGUGGACCGGGGAAAAGAGGAAACAGAGGACAGAGGGGCGUCUCUGGAAACAUGGGUCCACCUGGUCAGGGCGGAGAGGUCGGAUAUCCUGGACCUCAUGGUGAGAAAGGUCCCCGAGGUCCUGGGGUUGUGCAAUGUGACCUGGUGAAGCAGAUUAGAGAUAACUGCCCUUGCUGCUAUGGCAAAGAAGAAUGUCCUCUCUACCCAACCGAGCUCGCGUUUGCCAUGGACGUGUCUGAAAACGUGGGUGCAGCUUUUAACACCAUGCGCGAAACCGUUCUGAAUUUGGUCCGCGACAUCACCAUCACCGAGAGCAACUGUCCCCGAGGGGCCCGUGUGGCUUUGGUCAUGUACAACAAUGAGGUUACCACGGAGAUAAGGUUCGCCGAUAACAUGAAGAAACGCGCUCUGCUAAGUCAUAUUGAAGGACUGCAGACGAGGAGGACCGGGAAAGAGAGAAAUCUAGCAACAGCAAUGAGUUUUGUGGCACAGAAUACAUUCAAGAGAGUGAGAAGUGGGUUCCUCAUGAGGAAAGUGGCCGUCUUCUUCGUCGGAGGAUCUGUGUCCAAUACUCAGGCCGUCACCAAAGCAGCUCUCAAACUCCACGAUGUUGGAGUCGCCACUUUGCUGCUGGUGAACAGCGAGAAUAGACAGCUGACCAGAGCAUUACAGGUAAACAACACCGCUCUGGCCCAGGUCAUCGUUCUUCCAGGGAACACAGGAAGUGCUCAGUACAAAAAUGCCCUCCAGAAGAUCAAGAGCUGCCACGUCUGCUAUGAUGCCUGUGCUCCGGACCAGAUCUGUGACUACGUCCCCCCUGAGCUGGGCCGUGACAAGAGAUCCUCCAUCACCGACGCGGACAUCGACUUGGCUUUUGUGAUCGACAGCUCCGAGUCCACUAUCCCUUACGCUUUCACUGAAAUCAAGCACUACAUCGCACACAUCGUGGAGCAACUGGAAAUAUCAUCAGAUCCCACGACCUCCCUCCACCAAGCUCGAGUUUCAGUCAUCCAGCAAUCUCCUUAUAAGUACCUCCAAAACCGCACCGGAUGGCCUAUCCACGUCGAUAUCGGCUUAACGGAGCACCAGUCGUCGCAAAGCGUGGUUAAAUUCUUGCUUGAAAAAACACCUCAGUUAGAAGGAAGUCGAGCACUAGCAGCUGCCAUAGAAACAACAGUAGAGAAUAUUUUUGAAAAAGCGCCUCUGCCACGGGACCGUAAGGUUUUGAUGCUUUUUGUGACCGGAAACGUGGAGAAAGAUGAAGAUGAACUGGUGCGAAUCGCCACAGAGGUGAAGUGUAGCGGGUAUUUCUUGGUGAUAUUCGGAGUUGGAGAUGGAAUAAGAGCCGGAGAUGCCAGAGUCUUGUCCCGAAUGGCGUCUGAACCGUCCGAGGUGUUCUUUAAGAGGAUAAAUACUCUAUCGCAGUUUUACGACAAGCACAUCCUGACGUUCGGACAGCUCAUGCCCAAAUAUGUCACCAUUGAAAAUGCCUUCUACAUGUCUCCUGAAGUCUCCAAACACUGCAAGUGGAUCCAGAAAGAUCAGCCAUACAAAAACCCACCCACAGCAUCACAUCAUGAGAAACAUGAGAAACAUCAUGAAAAACAACAGGAGAGCCAUCAUCAUAAAACGCACAAAGCAGAGUCAGAUGAGCUCCACGUCUUUAACAUCACCUCCAGCAGUCUGAAGCUGCGCUGGAGCAGCCCGGACCCAAAGCACUUUGUUUACUUCGAGGUGGUAGUAACUCGACUGAGCGAUCACGCCUUGGUCCUGAAGACGAACGUGUCCGGCACUGAACUCUCUGUGGACAACCUGCAGAGCGCCCAGUCCUACCACGCGGUAGUAACGGCGCGUAUGGCAGACGGCAACGUCGUAUCCACGCGCAAAGGAAUCAUCACCACCAAAGCAGCAGAGCAUAAAGCAGCCAUCCUCACCAUCACCAACACUGAAACUACAACCACAGCUCCUCUGGACAAACCCGUGACAGUUGUGAAUGCGUUUGCCGAUCCGUGCUUUCUUGACUAUGACCCGGGGGAAUCCUGCAAAGACUAUCAGGCUAAGUGGUUCUUUGACUAUAAGAACAGGAUCUGUACACAGUUCUGGUAUGGAGGGUGCGGAGGGAAUGCAAAUAGAUUCGAGACUGAGGCCCUCUGCUUGAAAAACUGCAUGAAAACAGAGCCUGAGCCAGAACCUCAGAAAGAAGUCAAAGAAGAAAAGCAGGUGGAACAGAAGCAGGUCCUCCCAGAACAAGCGUCUCUUACACCAGUGGACAUCUGCAAACAGCCCAAAGAGGAGGGGACGUGUGCAAAGUUUGUCCUGAAGUGGCACUACGACAGCAGCAGUCGGAGCUGUACGCGCUUCUGGUACGGAGGCUGCGGAGGAAACCAGAAUCGCUUUGACACCUACGCGGAGUGUGUCAAAACAUGUGGCAGACCAGUCCCCAUCCACCAGGAGGCUAUGGCUUCUAUAAGAACAUAAGAGCCGUCAUCACCUCCUAGACGACCAUCUGGACUGACCAUAACUGUAACGAUGCAAUACCAACAUCAAACCAUAGGUGGCUGCACUGGAUUCUUCCACUCAAAACAAACUUUAUCCCCAAAUCCUUGAAGUUUGUACACAAGAAGAAAAAGACACCAACACUUUUUGCUGCAUGUAAGGUUAAACAACUGGUGCUAUGUAGUAUGUUUUACAAAUGAAGUUUUUAAAUGUUUUUUUGAAUUUCCCAUGAUUGUUACGUCAAUGCAGUUUCAUAACUAAGAAAUGUAUAUAGAUAUUGUGGACAAAUUUUACAAUAAACCUUUACGAGUAUAGUGAAAAUAUGUUUAAGAUUCACCUAUUAACUGUGCAAUUUCUUCACUUUUGUCACAACCAAGAGCUUAGUUUACCUGUGUUAAAAGACAAUCAACCAAUGCUUAGGUUCUAGAUAACAAUUUUAAAAAGUUCAAAUUAAGUGCACUUCUGGGUACAAAGCCUCGAAAAUACACAUAGAUUGUAGCUUGAAAUUGAAUGUACUUUGUGGAGCUGUUUCUACUUAUGUUCCAUUUUGGAUUGUGUUUCAUCUGAGCAGAGGGGAAAUAAAAAUGAACAAAACUUUCUAAUAAA